UUCUAAGCCCUUGCGAAACAAAAAGAUCCGACCCGUUCCAUAGAGAUUUGACAAACAAGACUUUUCAAAAUCAAAAUCAAAAUAAGUAUUAGCAAAAGUGUGGCCGUCUGCCGGACUCCGACGACCCUCAGACGAACAGCUCUCAAUUCGGGGCUGGAAUCGUCUAUAAGGGUAACGGUUCAGACAAGCAGCUGCCUGAUUCAUCGUUUUUUUCAUACAUUUCCAAUUGAAGUGAACUGAAUCAUAAGUUAAAAUUAUGAUGGGGUGCCCUAAUCAGCAGAGUGGAGUCAAUACUCCAAUUUCAGAACCCAAGGUUCAUACUAUAAAGCCUUCCAGAGGUGCCUUAGAAUGUAUGGUGAAUUCAGAAAUUGGUGCUGUUUUAGCCGUGAUGAGGAGAAAUGUUAGGUGGGGAUUUCGUUAUGCUGCUGAAGAUGAUCAACUGGAGUAUUCUCUCAUCCAAUCUUUCAAGGAAUUAAGGAAAAAGAUAUUCUCAUGGAGACAUGAGUGGAACAAUGUUGAUCCACUUCUAUACCUUAAGCCCUUCUUGGAUGUGAUCCAAUCUGAUGAGACUGGUGCACCAAUAACUGGUGUUGCAUUGUCAUCUGUAUACAAGUUCUUGACUCUAGCAAUAAUUGAAUCAGCUGACAUGAACGUGGACAAAGCUUUGCAUCAGAUAGUUGACGCUGUGACAAGCUGCCGUUUUGAAGUGACUGAUCCUGCCUCUGAGGAAGUGGUGCUGAUGAAGAUACUUCAAGUUCUUUUGGCUUGUAUGAAAAGUAAAGCAUCAAAGAAUUUGACCAACCAUCAUGUAUGCAACAUAGUAAACACCUGUUUCCGAUUGGUUCAUCAAGCAAGUGCUAAAAGUGAACUUCUGCAGAGAAUAGCACGCCACACGAUGCAUGAAUUGGUUAGAUGUAUCUUUGUUCACCUGCCUGACAUUGAAAGCAGAGUGUGCGCUGAUCCAGAGACUGGCAAGAAACAAGAAGACAAUGGAUGUGUUAAUGUGUCCGUAGGGGAUGAUCCAACAGAUGAGAAAACUAGAAAAAGGGAUAUUGCUUGUAAUGGAGAAAAUCCAAUGAUGGAUCCUCAUGGGGUCCCCUGCAUGGUGGAGAUAUUUCAUUUCCUAUGUUCUCUUCUGAAUGUGAUGGAGUCCAUUGAAAUUGGUUCAAGAUCCAACCCUAUAGCGUAUGAAGAAGAUGUCCCAUUAUUUGCGCUGGGUUUAAUUAAUUCAGCCAUAGAACUAGGUGGUGCUUCUUUUGGAAAUCAUCCCAAGUUGUUGGCUCUGAUACAGGAGGAAUUGUUCCACAAUCUGAUGUGUUUUGGGUUGUCAAUGAGUCCUUUAAUUCUUUCGACAGUUUGUAGCAUUGUUUUAAAUUUGUAUCAUCAUCUGCGUUUUAAGUUAAAGCUACAGCUUGAAGCCUUUUUCUCUGGUGUUUUACUGAAGAUUGCCCAGAGCAAGCAUGGAGCAUCUUAUCAACUUCAGGAGGUUGCCAUGGAAACACUUGUUGACUUCUGCAGACAGCAUAUGUUCGUGGCAGAAAUGUAUGCAAAUUAUGAUUGUGACAUAUCCUGCAGCAAUAUUUUUGAAGAACUUGCCAACCUGUUAUCAAAAAGCACUUUUCCAGUUAACAGUCCACUUUCAGCUCUAAAUACUCUUGCCCUGGAGGGUCUAAUUGCCAUUAUUCAGGGUAUGGCUGAGAGAAUAGGCCAGGAUUCAUUAGUUUCAGAUGAAGGUUCAUUUAAUCUCGAUGAAUAUAGACCAUUUUGGGUAGAAAUAUGCAAGGACUAUAGUGAUCCUAUUCAUUGGGUUCCUUUUGUCCAUAAGAUGAAGCAAAUAAAGAAAAAGUUGUUGGUUGGAGUUGAUCACUUUAACCGUGAUCCAAAGAAGGGUAUGGAAUAUCUCCAAGCAGUGCAUCUGUUACCUGAUAAACUUGAUCCAAAAAGUGUAGCAUGUUUCUUUAGAUUUUCAAAUGGCUUGGAUAAGAAUCUUGUUGGGGAUUUCUUGGGAAGUCAUGAAGAAUUCUAUAUUCAAGUACUUCAUGAAUUUUCAAGGUCAUUUGAUUUUCAGGAUAUGAACCUAGACACUGCCUUGCGUAUAUUCUUGGAGACGUUCAGAUUGCCUGGAGAAUCACAGAAAAUACACAGGGUGCUUGAAGCGUUCUCUGAACAAUAUUAUGAGCAAUCACCAGAUGUUCUGGUUAACAAAGAUGCUGCACUUGUGUUAUCAUAUUCACUUAUCAUGCUGAACACGGAUCAACACAAUACACAGGUCAAGAAGAAGAUGACGGAGGAAGAUUUCAUCCGCAACAACCGGAGAAUAAAUGGAGGAAAUGACCUCCCUCGAGAAUUUUUGUCUGAGCUUUACCACUCCAUCUGUGAGAAUGAGAUCCGGAUUUCCUCAGAUCGAGGUGCUGAUACCCCAUUGCUGGCACCAAGUCAUUGGAUUGGUCUGGUCCACAAAUCGAGGCAAACUUCCCCGUUUAUUGUCUGUGAUCAUGGACCUUAUCUUGAUUAUGAUAUGUUCGCUAUGCUGUCUGGUCAGACAAUUGCUUCCAUCUCAGUGGUUUUAGAUCAUGUGGAGCAGGAAGAUGUCUGGCAAACAUGCAUUGAUGGAUUUCUUGCCAUUGCCAAAAUUUCAGCCUCCUACUGCUUUGAUGAUGUAUUGGAUGAUUUAGUAGUAUCUCUUUGCAAGUUCACAACUCUUUUGUGUCCAUCAUAUACUGAUGAAUUUAUUGUUACAUUUGCCCAAGAUAAUAAAGCUAGAUUGUCCACUUUAGCUGUCUUCACAAUAGCAAACAAGUAUGGGGACCAUAUUCGUUCUGGUUGGAAAAACAUCCUGGACUGCAUUUUGAGCUUGCAUAACUUUGGCCUUCUUCCUACUCGUCAUUUUAGUGAUGACGUGGAGUCUACUUCUGAUGCUGACAAAAGCAAACCUGCUGCAGCUUCCCCAUCAGCACCUCAUGUGCCUUCAUUGGCUCCAUCAAGGAAGUCAUCUGGCUUAAUGGGCCGAUUUAGCCAACUGUUAUAUCUUGAUGCAGAAGAACCUGCUCCUCAGCCAAAUGAAAAGCAGCUUGCCGCCCGUCAGCAGACUCUUCAGACUAUUCAGAAUUGUCACAUUGAUACCAUCUUUGCUGAGAGUAAGUUUUUGCAAGCAGAAUCCCUUUCACAGCUUGUCCGAGCCCUUGUGAUGGCUGCGGGCCGGCCUCAGAAGGGCAACAUCUCUCUAGAAGAUGAAGAGACUGCAGUAUUCUGUCUAGAGUUGCUGAUUGCAAUCACGAUAAACAACCGGGAUAGGAUAAUGCUUCUUUGGCAGGUUGUUUAUGAGCACAUAGCAAGUGUUGUCCAAUCAACAACAAUGCCUUGUACUUUGGUAGAGAAGGCUGUUUUUGGUCUGCUUCGUAUAUGCCAAAGGUUGCUUCCUUACAAGGAAAACCUCACAGAUGAGCUCCUCAAGUCACUGCAACUCAUCUUAAAGCUCGAUGCAAGGGUCGCCGAUGCUUUUCUUGAACAGAUAACCCAGGAGGUGAUGCACCUUGUCAAAGCAAACGCUAUGCAGAUACGAUCUAAUAUGGGCUGGAGGACAAUUAUAUCUCUGCUUUCUAUUACAGCUCGGCAUCCAGAAGCUUCUGAAGCAGGAUUUGAAACACUAUCAUUCAUCAUGGCUGAUGGGGCCCACCUACUGCCUGCUAAUUACAUCCUUUGUUUAAAUGCGGCCAGCCACUUUGCUGACUCCCGUGUUGGAAGUGUUGAUCAAGCUGUGAGAUCCUUAGACCUGAUGGCUGGGUCACUUGUUUGUCUUGUUAGAUGGUCUCACAAGACAAAGGAUGCUCUGGGGGAAGAGGCUGCUAUAAAAAUGUCUCAGGAUAUAACUGAGAUGUGGUUGAGGCUGGUACAGGGACUCAGAAAGUUUUGUUUGGAUUGGAGAGAAGAGGUGCGAGGUCAUGCCAUCUUGAUGUUGCAGAGGUGCUUGACAGUAAUUGAGGGGAUUCACAUUUCAACUGAUCUGUGGUUGCAGUGUUUUGAUCAGAUGAUCUUUACAAUGCUGGAUGAAUUGCUGGAACUUGCACCACAAGGUUCCUUGAAGGAUUACAGGAGUAUUGAAGGAGCAAUUUUUCUGUCUCUGAAGCUCAUGUUCAAAGUGUUUCUACAAUCACUGCAGCAUCUCUCACAGUUGCCAUCCUUCUGCAAACUAUGGUUAGGGUUACUGGAUCAUACUGAAAGAUGCAUGAAGAUGAAAUUUAAAGGUAGACGGAGUGAGAAGAUUCCAGAACUUGUCCCUGAACUCCUAAAGAACACUCUACUUAUCAUGAAAACUAGUGGAAUUCUCAUACCAAGUGAUCCUGUAGGAGGGGACAGUUUCUGGCAGCUAACGUGGUUGCAUGUGCACAAAAUAUGUCCAUCCCUUCAAUCAGAAGUUUUCCCUUCUAGUGAAUUGGAGCAGUUGCAAAAGCAGCACAUUCAAGCUGGAUGUAGCCCUCUCUCAGAGGGAACUGUUCUAGUCUCACCUAGUUAAAACACAUACUGAAGAUUCAUGCUGUUGACAACACUUUCAUUUGGUGAAACUGACAUUCUUAAUCCAUCAUUAGCAUGGUGAGAGGAUACAUUGUGCAGCUGAGAACGUGUCAGGCGUUAGGCGAAAUACGUUCAUUGAAGCACAAGCUACAACCUGCUGGAGCAAAGAUGGUUUCUGAUUUACAAGUGAUAUCUCCAUUCUGAAUGCUAUAUGGUGUUUUACUGUUAAAAGAGCCUUGCUUUCGAGGGAAGAUUAGGGAGAGGGUUUGCCUCGUGCAAUUUUGUGCUUCUGUGGCGGUUACUGCACUUUAAGUUUGAUAACUUAGUUGUUACCAUUUUGGCUGUACAAUAUUGACUUUACUACAAAUUAGUGAUUGAUAUAUGAUAGUAUGAAAGGUUACGGUUAGUUGAUA